GCGCCCAGCCCGUCGCUCAGCCAUCUUGAUUCCCCAGCGUGAGAGGUCCCUGGCGGCAGCGAGAGGAGGCGGAGGCACAGUGAAGGUCCCUGGACCAGCCAUGGAGAAUUACCAGAAGGCGAGCUCUGUAGAGAAACCGCUGGUCCCCCCAGUGCCAGGUCUGCCUCCAGACACCUUGGAAAUGCGGGUCCGGGAUGGCAGCAAGAUCCGUAAUCUCCUGGGCUUUGCAUUGGGCCGGCUGGAAAGCGAAUCCACCCGGCGGAUAGUGUUCACUGGUGCAGGCCGUGCCACAGGCAAAGCUGUGACCUGUGCAGAGAUCCUGAAGCGUCGCCUGCCUGGUCUGCAUCAGCUCACCAAACUGCACUUUCAGCAGACAGAGGAUGCCUGGGUCCCUGUAGUGCCCGAGGCUGGUCUGGACCCACUUACUGUACGCCGACAUGUGCCAGCUGUGUGGCUUCUGCUCAGCAAGGACCCCUUGGACCCUAAUGAGGGUGGCUACCAGCCCCCAGGUGCUCCUCCUGGUCUGGGACAACCUUUACCCCGAACCCCUCCACAUACCCCUCAGCCCAAGAGGCGGGGUCCCCGGGCCUCAGGGCACUGGCAGGGAGGUGGAGGUGGGGCCCGAGGAGAGACCCCCAGGAGGCCCUGACCCCCUGAGUGGAGAGGGGUUGUUCACAGCUUCUGAGGGGCUUCCCAGGAAAGGUGGGACGAUAUUGAAGUCCCGAUCGCUGGGUUGUUUUUGUUUUUUGAUCCAGUGGCUCCAGUCUCUUUUACACUGCUGUUCCUGUCCGGUAACAGGUGGAAAUGAACACAUGACUCAGGAGCAGACAUGCUGAUGACUGCUCUGAGGCUCUCUGUGUUUGGUCAAAGACAUUCUCACCUCUUUCUCCCUGUCCCCCUUCCCCUCCCUCCAGAGUGUUACCACCAGUUUUAUCAACUUGUUGCCACUAUUAGAUUCUGGACUGGACUGGACUGGAAAUAGAAGGUGGUUUUCCCCAGGAAAGGAAGUUGGGAAUAAAAAUUCCAUUUACAUCAUUAAUGAAA